AUGAACAUUGUAUCCCAGCUUGGACCAGAGAAGGCGCCCAAGGAACUGGGGGCCAUGCUUCUUACAACGGAGAAGAUGAGGCUGUUCAAGAAGAUGGGGUGUAGCCGGGUGCGGACGGACGACCUGACUGCUUACUGCAACAAUGUCGUGGAGCUACCCCGAGUGGAAAACGUCGUAAUGAAGAACGAUCUCUGCCACCUCCUCCUCGUGGCAGACCGCCGGCUCAACCAGGCAUUUGUCGCGGACAUGACUUCGUCGGGAACGUUGGCCGCGGUGAGAGGGGCUGCACAGCGGAAGGAGAACGAGGAACCUGUCCAGGGAGAGUCCCACCGAGAGUGGGGAGGCAGUGGGAUGGUGGAGGAGAACGGCGAACGAGUGCGGGGUAAGGGAACGCGGGGGCCGGCUUCUGACGACAACGAGUUGGUCGACAGUUUGCACGAUGAACCGGAAGUGCCCCCCUCGGGAGCCGCUAUGAAACGCUUCGUCCAGGAGACUCUGCCAGAGAUGACGCGAUUAACGAAGACACUAGAAAGGUCGAACGUAUGCUCCGGGGUCGGCGGUUUGUUCUAUCACAGUAACGUGGCAUACAUGAAAACUGUCAACGGGGACGUUGAAGACUUGAUCAAGUGUCUCCAGGCGUCCGCAGAUAUCGUGCUGCGCUACCCGGGCAUCGUCCGGUUCAGGCCCCACUUCAUACACUGCACCCUAGCCGUGAGCCACUUUUCCAAACGGCGAGAUAUGUACGACGCCAUGAACGGUGUGUACAACUCUAUCCGCCCCCCCGGAUGUUGGCGAGCUCCACCGUAUGAAGAGUGGAGGACGAUUACCCAGAUCUGCGACAACAUGUUCUGCAGGUCCUUCGAGGCGGAGAUUCACAAAGCACACCACGGCGAGGGACUAAUGCAGACGAACGUCAGUGAUAACGAAGAUGUCACGUCUGGACCUGCGUCCGGCUCGAUGAAGUCUCCCUGCAUCGGAGCAGAACGUCAGAACGGUGGCUCACUGCCAGCGGAACUGUGCCAGCGGUUGCCAGUGUCGAUGACGCCCACAGAUGCUACCGCUGUGCCAUCACCUCUGCCCGAACCGCGUCACGCCCCACCUAGCUUGUCAGAAGACGGCGUCAGGAAUGGCGAUACAGGUGCUGAUGAUGCUAGAGAUAGGCGACGCCAACCUGUGGCGGAGACGGCCAUGCUCAUCCCCGAAUCGGUGUUCUCUGCAGAGGCUGCAGAAGCGGGCGGUGUUCGUGCCGGCUGGUCAAGUGCAGCCGCCGGUCCUGGACAACAGUUCUGCUCGGAGGGAAACAAUGGUGCUGGUGGUGCUGCGGCGGCGGCGGUGGCACGCAAUCCCAAGGUAGGGCCCGAGGUUUGGGGAGGAGACAUGGCCCUCGGGGGAAGUGAGAUGGCCUUGACUGAUGAGGACCUGCUGGAUGCCGCGGCAGUGUUUGCGAGCGACGAGGGACUUCUGGAAAUGGGACUGUAUUCGGGGAUAUGA